AGAAACUUCAUCUGCACAAACUGCUUCUCUACAGACGCUGACACUUCACUUCUACAGCCUCUACUGACCACCGAAAAUGAGCAGGAACACACUGUUCACCAAUCAGGAACUGCAUAAGGGGGAGUAUCUGAUUUCUACUGAUGGAAACCACAAAGCCGUCUUCCAGGAUGAUGGGAACUUUGUGGUUUACAGCUGGAAACCAGUUUGGGCUUCAGAUACUUGCGGCAAACCAGGAACUCGUCUGGUAAUGCAGGAGGACGGAAACCUGGUCAUGUACACCGAUGAUAGCAAAGCCUUAUGGGCCAGUAACAGCUGGCAGAAGAGUGGCACCAAGGACAACCGUCUGUCCAUCAACAACGAUGGCAGCCUGAUCAUCCAGAGAGGAGCCACAGUGCUCUGGACAGCUAAAAAAUAAGACUGUAUAUAGCCCUGUGUGGGUGCAAGCUUUCAGAGUAAUAUCUGACUGAAAUAAAGAAAUUACAUUAAAAUGAUAUACAUGAGCUUUUGUGAUAUUAAACUCAUAAAUGACUGCAAAAUAAAAGAAAAUGAUGGAAAACAAGGUUUGUUUGAAUGAACUACAUCUUACAAAUAAAAAAUCUGAUUCACA